AUGAAUCUGUUACUUCUGUCGCUGCUCGCCAUGCCGGUGUCAGCUUCUGAACUUUCUUGUACCAGUCACUUUCCAAUCAAAGAAUCUGUAGAGAUUGUUAAGAAGCUUGUGGCAAAAUAUGCUGUGCCUAUAAUCAGAAAGGAUGAGAACGGAGUUGAAUGGAUGAAUAACUUAAUCGUGAAGGAUAAGAGGAUUGAGAUUGAUGGCAUUCGAUACUAUCUGAAUGACAAUCAUCUCCCACCGGAGAUGACAUUCUACUUCAAGGAUUCACUACUGUUUGAUGCUGUGCCAAUUUUUAUCGUCGAAGAAGAGCAGGUGCAAAAUUGGAGACCAGAUUUUCCGGACAAAACCUAUGCUUUGACGAAAAUCAGUCAUGAAUGUGCUGUCGGGCAGAGAGCAUGUGGGAUGAAAUGCUGUAACAGCGACAUAGACAGAAUCCAAAAGGUUUGGUUUGGAUUUUAG